AUGAAAGACAGUGAAUCCAUUCAAGUAUUCUUCACAAAGGUUUCUGGGAUUGUGAACCAAAUCAGAUGUUAUGGGGACACUAUUCCAGACAAGAAAAUCGUAGAGAAAACUUUACGAAGUCUACCGCUAAAAUAUGAUCAUGUCGCUGCUGCUAUAGAAGAAUCAAAAUAUUUAUCUACACUUUCUUUACAUGAAUUAAUUGGUUCAUUGGAAGCACAUGAAAAAGAAUCAACAGAUCCACAGAACAAUCUGUGGAGCAAGCUUUCCAGUCCAAGAAACUCCAACAAAGGAGGCAACAGUUUCAAUAAUCAACAACAAGGCAGCAGUCCCAAUCAUCAACAAGGAAGCAGCAGUUCCAAUAAUCACAAGGAAGCAGCAAUUCAAAUAAUCAAAAUUUCUCAUCAAGAUUCACAAGAUGUUUGGUAUGUGGAUAGCGGAUGCAGUAAUCAUAUGACAGGAAAUAAGCAUUGCUUUGUCAAGUUAGAAGAAAAAGUGAACUCACAAGUCAAGCUUGGUGAUGGAAAACUACACAACGUGGAAGGCAAAGGUAUCAUUUCUGUGCAAACAAAAGGAGGUACUCCAAAACUUGUCUAUGAUGUGCUGUAUGUUCCUAAUUUGGCUCAAAAUUUACUAAGUGUGGGACAACUUUUGCAAAGAGGAUUCUUGAAUAACACUCUAGUGGCAAAGAUAAAAAUGACAGCAAACAAAGUUUUUCCGCUGUUGAUGACAUCAAAGGAAAACUUUGCUUUAGAAGCAGAAAAAGUUGAUGGAUCGUUGUUAUGGCAUUUAAGAUAUGGGCAUUUGAAUCAAAGAAGCUUGCAGCUGUUACACCAGAAAAAUAUGGUGGUUGGACUUCCCUCUAUUCACUCUGAAAAGGAAAUUUGUGAAGGCUGUAUCUUUGGAAAAUUCCAUCGGUUACCAUUCUCACAAUCAUCUUGGAGAGCAAAAGCCCCUCUUGAAUUGGUACAUGCAGAUAUUUGCGGACCAACUCGUACACCAUCCUUCAAUAACAAAAGGUACUUCAUUCUAUUCGUAGAUGAUUUCUCAAGGAUGAUGUGGGUAUAUUUCUUAGAACAAAAGUCAGAAGCAUUUUCUGAUUUCAAGCAAUUCAAAGCUUUUGGAGAAAAUCAAAGUGGUCACAAUUUGAAGGUGUUAAGAACAGAUCGUGGUGGAGAGUUUACAUGA